CGUCAUGAGCGAGAAUAAAAAGGCAAAAAGAAAAAAGAAAAUGAAAAGCAAGCCAUCUAAGUGGGCCGCACCAUUCCGGCCCAGUACGUGCCUGGCCCGUUUGAGCUGCAGGCCCAUUGGGCUCACGAGGUUCUUCUGCUCUUCUUCCUCCUCGGGGAAUGCGAGUGGCGAGAAAGAGAGGGAGGAGAUGGGGAAGGAGGCGCUGGACUACGUGCUGGUGCCGCUAGGGCUGGCGCUGAUGGUGGGCUACCACGGGUGGCUUCUCCUCCGCAUCCGCCGCCGCCCCGCCACCACCGUCAUAGGCGUCAACGCCAUCAACCGCCGCAUCUGGGUCCGCCACGUCAUGGAGGAGGCGACGGGGAAGCACGCGGUGCUGGCGGUGCAGACGAUGCGGAACAACAUCAUGGCGUCGACGCUGCUGGCCUCCACGGCGAUAACCCUCAGCUCGCUCAUCGCGGUCCUCAUGUCCUCCGGCGGCUGCGGCUCAUCAUCCUCCUCAUCCGCGGGGCUUCUCCCGGACGCGCCGCUGGUGGUGGGGGCGACGGGGGCGGCGGCGCUGACGGCCAAGUUCUUCGCGAUCCUCGUCUGCUUCCUGGUCGCCUUCCUCCUCAACGUGCAGUCCAUCCGCUACUACAGCCACACCAGCACGCUCGUCAACGUGCCGCUCCUCCGCCGCCAGUGCUCCAGGAGGGUCGCCGCCGUCGACUACGUCACCGGCACGCUCAACCGCGGCAGCUACUUCUGGUCGCUCGGGGUCAGGGCCUUCUACUUCUCCUGCCCGGUGUUUCUCUGGCUCUUUGGCCCCAUCCCCAUGUUCGCCACCUGCGUUGUCAUGGUCUGCGCGCUCUACUUCCUCGAUGUUUGCGAUGAUUGGGAGCUGGAGGAGGAAGACGAUGGGGAGAGGUCGGGACAUGGGAAGAAGAAGAAUGAUGCAGGGCAGCAGCAAGUGUAGGUAGGUUCUGUACUGUAGGUUGAUAGCUUUAGGGACCUAGUACUACCAGCAAUGGUGAAAUGAAACUUUGACUGGUAAGUUAGAUACUUAGAUGACUACGUAGUAUUCAUGAUCUAAUAAACCAUUUGGUGAAU